AUGAACCGAUUCCUCAAUCUUCUAAAAAGUAAAAGUAGUGCUAUUAGAUCUUUCUUAUUUGCUCUAUAUAAUUCCAAUAUAUAUGGUAUGACCUCAAAGAUAUAUGAUCAGAACUACUUUGAAAAUGACUACAAAAUUCAAGAAAUUGGCUCCUUUCUAGUUGUUGAUUUAAGAGGUAGCUCCAGAAUUGAAAAUAGUUCUGAAGACUAUGAAAACGCCAACUUGGAGAAACAAAAUGAAAACUACUUCAUUGGUGCCAUUGCGCUACCGCACUGUAUUUCUGAAGAUCUUAAAUUUGAUAAAGAACCCUCCAUAGAGUAUCGGUUAGAUGAUACAGGUAGUAUAUUUGUUCGACAAAAAGAGUUUCUAGAUAAGGAAAAUUGUAUUAGAACCUCAAAAAUAUGUACACUACAAGAGAAUAUUAUAGAUGAUAAUUCUUUCAAGGUUAAAAAGAUUGGUAUUCAAGAUACUGAUGAUGAAUAUGAAUUGAAUAGUAAUUGUUUUUCAAAUAUUUCUACAUUAAAAAUAACUCAGACCACUACAGAUGAUUUAUUUUAUAUUCCACAGUCGCAUAAUAUAAAUAUCGAAGAGAAUAUUCUUUUAGAUAACGACUUCACUAAAGCUGAUGUAUAUUUGCUUUUAAGACUAAAAACUAAACAAUUGGUAAAACUUCAGGAACAACUUAAUAGAGAUAUUGAGAUUUUAAGAUUAGAUAGAGCUGAUGACAAGAUAUCUUGUACAAUCACUGAAAGAAGAGCCAUAAAAUAUCCAGCUCAUUUUUAUUUUGUAAAGCAGAGAAUUGACAAUACCAAAGAGAUCAUUGAAAAUAUUCGGAAAGAUAUAGAGAUACUUAGGAGUAAUAAUUCUGAAACAAAAUUUUGA